UACGAUAAUUACCAACACGAAAUACGACAGGCACCGCAGCUUUGGGACUUUAACGAAUGAGAUAUGAUGAAAAUACUUCUGAUUUUAUCUUUUUUACUACAAGCAGCAGGUUCUGCAUGUCCAGGUGGGUGGAAACAAAACGGACAGUCCUGUUAUCUUUUUAGUCAUGAUAAAGAAGACUGGCCAGGUGCAUAUACAAUGUGUACAGUCAUGAAUGCUCAUCUUGUAGAAAUUGAUGACAUAGAUGAAAACAAAUUCCUUGUUUCAAAUGCUCAAUCAGAAAUCAUUGCAAGAGAAACGUUCUGGAUGGGUCUUAGCGAUACGAUGGAAGAAGGGGUCUGGACGUGGAUGACCAGUAGACAACCAAGCACACAAUACACGAACUGGGCUCCUGAUCAGCCAAGCAUCGUCAAUAGUUUCAAUCAAUAUGGCAGAAAGCAGGAGAACUGUGCUAAUUUCCACGGCACACAAGGCUUUUGGAGUGAUGCUUUAUGUAGUCUACCUGACUAUUAUAUCUGUGAGAAAAGAGCACAAUCAGCUCCGAUUGUUGGAUGAUCAAACCGAUGUGCAUUAAUAAACGUAAUGCUAUUAUAAUACAUUCAAAUGAAAGUUAUCAAAAUAAAAACACUAACAACAACA